GAGUUGAACGAAUCGAACUUGUUCAAGAACACGCGAACCCCACCGAUUAAUAAUUAUUUAAAAUUGCUCUAAAUAUCGGAAAAAAAAAUUUCCAACCUCGAAAUCAUCAUAAAUCACUCAAUUAAAACCAGAUUUUUAUUUCUCAAAAUUGGUACAAUUACUAAUUUAAUUUGUUUUUAACACAACUCGUUUUAAUUCGCCUCAAAAGUAUAAAAACGCAAUUUAUUCGACCUAAAUUCCAUUAAACACCAAAAUGUCAAAGUUAUUCAAAGUUGUUUUGCUCAUUAAUGCAAUUGUAAUAAAUUUCGGGGCCAAACUCCCCGACCAAGUCGGACGAUGCAGCAUAUCAUCCCCCGAAAUAAAACAAUGUUUAAGCAAAAACAUUCAAGAAGCGAUCAUUUUCUUCAAAAACGGAAACCCCCAAAUGGGGCUCCCCUCAUUAGACCCCCUAAAAGUACCCAGCUUGGUAAUCGGGGAAGGAACCGGCCCGGUUAAUGUGGUUCAAAAUUUCUCUAACGUUAUGCUUUAUGGGUUCACAGAUGCCACAAUGAACGUUAAAACGGCCGAUUUAAACAAAGGAUUAAUAGAAGCUGAAACGGUUACGAAACGAAUCGAAAUGUUGGCCGAUUACACCGUGGACGGGCGCAUUUUGGUACUUCCGGUUAAAGGGAGCGGAAAAUGCAACAUAACCAUCAUCAAGGCCAAAACAACCCACGUUAUAGAAGGGGAAAAAAUCGAAAAAAAUGGGAAAAUUUAUUUCCACCUUAAAGAUUAUCGCGUUGAGAUGGAACCAGAAAGGAUGUUUUAUCACUUUGAGAACUUAUUCGAUGGGGAUGAGAGAAUGGGGGCCGAAAUCAACAAGGUGAUGAACGAAAAUUGGAAGGAAGUUUAUGCUGAUGUUAAAUUAGGUUAUGAUAAAACGUAUGGGAUGAUUUUUUUGGGGCUAGCCAAUAGCUUAUUUAGUAGGGUUACUUUCGAUGAUAUCUUUUUACCUUAAAUUGAAAUCAAUCAAAAAAUCACAACGAAUUUAUAAUUAAUAAAUCGUAACAAUUACA